AUGCUGCAGAUCGGGGAUGAGGUGAUGUAUUUCUCGGUGGUGUUUCUGACGGUGGUCCUGGUGACGAGGAGCGCCACGGGGGCCUCCCUCCUCACCGCGUUCCUCUACGUCUUCAUGGUGAUGUUCCGGUUCCCUCCGGUGCCGGCGGACCAGGCCGGCCGAGUCCUGCGGCUCAGGGCUCCUCCAGGCGGCGUCCCGGUGGUGGCGCACCGCGGAGGGAGCCACGACGCCCCGGAGAACACGCUGGCAGCGAUCAGAGAGGCCAGCAGAAACGGAGCAGCCGGGGUGGAACUGGACCUGAGUUUCACAGCGGAUGGAGUCCCGGUACUGAUGCAUGAUGAGACCGUGGAUCGGACCACCAACGGCUCCGGACCCGUCAGCAAACUUCCAUUUGUCCAGCUCAGGAGACUGGACGCUGCUGCGCGUCACAGACUGAAGGACAAGUUCAGUGGAGAGAAGGUUCCGACUCUGCAGGAGGCCGUGGAGGAAAGCAUCCGACACCAGCUCACCAUCUUCUUUGAUGUCAAAGGUCAACCUGAUAAGGCUGCAUCAGUGCUCCAUGAGAUGUAUAAGAAGUUCCCAGUGCUUUACAACUCCAGCAUCGUCUCCUCCUUCGAACCAAAAGUCGUUUACAAGAUGCGUCAGACCGACCCCUCCGUGGUCACCGCGCUCACCCACCGGCCCUGGAGACUCAGCCGGUUUGGCGACGGCACUCCUCGAACCCUGUCCACGUGGGGUCAGCUGUGGACCGGCGUCCUGGACGUCCUGCUGGACUGGGCCCACCACCACAUACUGUGGAAGCUCUGUGGGAUCUCUGCCAUUCUUGUGCAGAAAGACUUCAUCUCGCAGGACUACGUUGAGUUCUGGGCAGAGCGAGGCGUGGAGGUGGUGGGCUGGACCGUGAACACCGCUGUGGAGAAGGACUUCUACCAAAACCAGCUGAAGAUCAGCUACAUCACCGACAGCCUGCUGGAAGACUGCGAGCCUCACUUCUGACACGCAGGAUGAUUCAGAGCUCAGAUGUUCCCAACUCGUAACAGAAAACAUUGAAGAGGCUGCAGAGUCUUUGGUUAGACAACAGACAUAAUGCGGCAUUUCUCAGUUUCUUGCCAUGAAAAAAACAAACUAAAAUACUGAAAUAAGUAGAUGAAGUCAAUAAUAAGGUGGGAUGAAGCCAGAAGCUUGGUGCUAAUAACUCUGUGGUGAUCAAACAACCCAAGCUGAAUAAAAGUACCAACUGGGGACGUCACCUGUAGCUGGCAUACAGGUGACUUCUCCUUUAUAUACAUACAUAUAUAUCCUGAUAAGGACUACCUAAAAGAUCUUUUCUACCUUCUGAGCUGAUCUUCCACCAGCUUGGUUGCACCUUUAAAGACACACCAGUGUACAAAGUCAUCACGUUCUUCCAUCAUAUUUAAUGCCUGCUAUCGUGAUAUCUAAUUCCUAGUGAGCCGUAGAGGAUCAUCUUGUACAUUCUGGGACUUGACUGACUGAUUGUUUGAGUGAAACUUGCCUUCUAUCAUCAAGUGCCGCCGAUGAACAAACACAGCACUGGUUUAACUGGACUGUGGGAGAGUAAAUGCGCCACACAGCUGCAGGCCACAUCGUGUGUUUUAAUGUGAUUAGAGCGAGGAUUUAAAAACCCCUGAUGAUGCUGAAACAGCGUUAAGCAGGAGGCAAAAACAAGCAGUGAAUGAAUAUUUCUUUCACACAAUAAUUCAUGUUCUGGUCGUGUUUUCUCUGAUUCAAAUGCUGCUUUGUGGAAUUUUCCUUCCUUUUAAUUUGACAGUUCAGACUGCAGUCAUGUCUCAGAAUGAGCCUUAAAUACCCAACAGGUGAAGUAAAAACUUUCCAUCUUGCAGUUAAAAUCUACAAAUUCAGUCAAGAAAGAUUUCUGCAGGAAGAUUCUGGUUCUGAGACUAAAACGGAGACACAAGUGAUUAUGGGCUCAACCUUUGGCUGAAACAAAUCUUCAGAAUGUAAAUCCUAAUGAAACUUUCCUAAAAGAAUAAAUUUGCUAAACCUACA